AUGCAAGAUGAAAUUUCGGACUUGUACAUUUCUCUGAUCAGUGACAUGAAAAUAGUGUUACCUGCUAAAACUAAAGAAGUAACACCUCCUACCCAACCAUCUCUGCGACUGCCCAAAUUUGAGUUGCCCAAAUUCAGCGGUAACUACGAAGAAUGGGUUAGCUACUACAAUAUUUUUGAGGCUUCUAUUAAUAGGAAUGAAACUUUGGCCCCUGUGAUUCAGGUGUUUUCCAAAGAUGGUCAGCAAACUGUACUCCGUGCUGUGCUCGACUCUGCAUCUCAACUUACAUUGAUAUCUGAAAGAGCUGUUCAGCUCAUCAGUGCCUCCCGUACUCGAGCACAUGAUGAAAUCCAAGGAAUUUCUGGCUCACUAAUUCAUUCUAGAGGAAUAGUACACAUUGAUAUAUCUGCAGUUAAUGGUCAACGCUUAGCCUACCAUCAUCCAUGCUUGGUUUUGAAUCGUAUCACUUCACCACUGCCUCAGAUCCCAGUCUCACCUCAGGUGAAGGGAUCUUUAAAUGAUUUUGUUCUUGCAGACCCCUGUUUUGACAAACCUGGAGAAAUUGAUCUAUUGAUCGGAGAUGAUUUAUUCGCUCUCUCACUGACUGGUGAGCAGCACUUCUUAGGCCAUAACCUGCCCCAAGUUUUAGGAACUAUAUUCGGAUUUGUUGUAAUGGGCAUAGCUCCUGUUGCUACAUCUGAGUUAUCAAUCCCAAAAACUGUUUCUUUUCUCACUACACAUGAUGGAGACCUUCACAGUUCGCUUCAAAGGUUUUGGUCAAUCGAAGAACCCCCGACAUGUGUCAAGACUCAGUCAGAAGAAGAUGUUCUCUGCUUACAGCAUUUUGAAAGAACCCAUACACGUGAUAACUCUGGUCGAUAUGUUGUUAAGUUACCGAAAAAACCAAAUCAUCCACUAUUAGGUGAAUCUUGUAGUACAGCUCAACUUAGACUUAAAGCGAUGGAAAGAAAAUUUGCUGCUCACCCCGAAUUCAAAGAUUUAUACUCCGAAUUUAUGGAUGACUACAUCAAAUCAGGUCACAUGAGUGCAUGUGAGCAACCCCUUUCUGGUGAAUGUUACUAUUUACCCCAUCAUGGAGUAUUUAAGGCGAAUCCCCCUAAUUCCAAAAUACGAGUCGUAUUUGAUGGUAGUUCCAAAACAAAUAAUGGCGUCUCCCUAAACGAUAUCCUCAUGCCUGGCCCUAAGUUGCAGAAUGAUAUUAGUGAUGUCUUGCUGUACUUUAGGUGUCACAAGUUUGUGUUCACUUGUGAUAUACGACAGAUGUAUCGCCAGAUUCUGGUGGCUGAAGAUGACAAGAAAUAUCAGUUAAUCUUUUGGCGAUCCAACCCUGAUGAAUCCCUUCAAGUCUUAAAGCUAAAUACCGUCACCUACGGUCUCAACUGUUUCCCGUUCAUUGCGAUCAGAACAUUACAACAAUUGGUCAAAGAUGAGGGUCACUCAUACCCCAAGGCGUCUGAGAUUCUAACUAAAUCGAUAUUUUAUGACGACAUCAUCGCUGGAGCAGAAAGUCUUGAUGAAGCUUUGUCUGCACAGAAUGAACUCAAGAACUUACUCUCUAGAGGAGGUUUUGAGCUCCGGAAAUGGAUUAGCAACGCACCCCAACUAUUGGACCAAGCCCCAAUUGAACACAAAGAGACUCCAGUGGAGUUAACUGAAAAUAGUGAAGCCUUCUUCAGUGUCCUGGGUCUAAAAUGGACUCCAGAGUCUGACAUGCUUUCUUACAAGGUUAAGGAUGUUGAAAUAAGUGCUAUACUUACAAAGAGAAGAAUAUUAUCUACAAUCGCUAAACUGUACGAUUUACCAGGAUUUCUUACACCCGUAAUUUUCUGGGCAAAAACACUUAUUCAGUAUCUCUGGACAACAGGGCUAACUUGGGAUGAACCUGUUCCAAAUGAUGUUAGAACCAAGUGGCAUUCAUUCUUAGAAGAACUCCCAAUAAUUCAAGAAUUAAGAAUUCCACGCUACAUUUCUACUUCUCUGCAUACGGCUGUGCAACUCCACGGCUUCAGCGAUGCUUCAGAGAAAGGCUACGCUGCUGUUGUCUACCUUCGUGUCACUGACUCUCAAGAGAAUACAAGGCUCUAUCUAAUCGUCUCUAAAUCAAAAGUCGCUCCUUUGAAAAGAAUUUCUCUGCCACGGCUUGAACUUUGUGGCGCUCACUUACUGGGAAAACUUCUUCAAUAUUCUUCAAACAUACUCUCUGCUCAUAUGAAGAUUGAAUCAAUCUAUGCUUGGUGUGACUCCACAAUUGUCCUAACCUGGAUACGUACUCUUCCAUACCGCUUGAAAGUCUUCAUUGCCAAUCGUAUUUCAGAACUCCAAGAAUUGGUCUCUCCUCACUCAUGGAAUUAUGCCAAAUCUCAAGACAACCCGGCAGAUUGCGCCACUCGUGGUCUUUCACCCUCUCAACUUGUGACUCAUCAUUUAUGGUGGAAUGGACCGGAAUGGUUACAGUCAUCUCCAGAUUCUUGGCCUAAGCCAAAAUUCACACCUGUUAUUGAUGAUGACACUCUUGAAAUAAGGCCAAAUCCUCUAAACGUUCUAGCAACCACAGAGAAGAUUAAACUCACUGAUUUUGAUAAUUUCAUCAAGGAAUCAAACACUAAAGAUGCUCUUAACAACUUCACGUUAGAUCACUCAAUAAAUUUCCACUUUCAACCACCAGCCGCUCCCCACCAAGGAGGCCUAUGGGAGAGUGCUAUAAAAAGUUCUAAAUAUCAUCUGAAAAGAGUCAUAGGCGAUAGAGUUCUAACACUAAUGGAAAUAAUAACACUCGCCACACAGGUGGAGGCUGUACUAAACUCGAGACCUUUGACAGCGUUAUCCGCAGAUCCAUCCGACAUCUCAGCCCUUACUCCGGGUCAUUUUCUUAUCGGCACUUCUCUUGUAGCAGUACCGGAACCAAAUCUUGAAGAGGUUCCCGAAAAUCGUCUCAACCAUUGGCAAACUGUACAAGCCCUACAUCAACGCUUCUGGCGACGUUGGCAUCAAGAAUAUUUACAUCAGCUACAACAAAGAAAGAAAUGGGAAAAGCCCAACAAGAAUCUAGAAGUGGGUGAUCUCGUUAUAAUUCAGGACCCUAGAACACCACCACUACUUUGGCCUCUUGGACGCAUAGUGAAGACUUCGCCUGGAUCAGACGGCAUCGUCCGAGUUGUCACCAUCAAGACUCAGCGGGGAACCUUCUGUCGUCCUGCUACCAAGGUGUACCCGCUCCCCUGA